AUGGUCGACAAUAAUAAUCCUGGAGCAAGCGGAGCUGCAAAGGAUGAUGAUAUUGAUGGAGGCAUCAAGGAGCAAGACCAGCUGCUGCCAAUAGCCAACGUCGGGCGGAUCAUGAAGCAAAUAUUGCCACCCAACGCCAAGAUCUCAAAGGAGGCCAAAGAAACCAUGCAAGAAUGCGCGUCGGAGUUCAUCAGCUUUGUCACCGGCGAGGCCUCGGAGAAGUGCCGCAAGGAGAGGCGGAAGACCGUGAAUGGUGACGAUGUCUGCUGGGCGCUCGGAGCGCUGGGUUUUGAUGACUACACUGGUCCGUUGCGAAGGUACUUACACAGGUAUAGAGAGCAAGAAGGGGAUAGAAUAUCAUCGGAGGCGAACAACAAUAUUAAUGAAGAUCAUCAAAGGAUAUCGAUCAACAAUAUUCCUCAUACACAAGGAUCUAAUUAUUUCAAAGGAUCUAGUACUUCUGGUUGUAAUUAUGUUCGAUCAGUAUGUGUGCGGGCCUGCGCUUGUUGGCUAAGUGAAUUGAUCAUAUAUUGUAUCUACUUUCUUUUUAAAUAUAAGGGAAUAUUAUUUAGUGUCAUUGAGGAGGUAAUUAUAUGCAUCUCCCACCUAAUUAAGGGAUUAUUAUUUGAGUUUUUUCAUCAUGUGGUUUGGAGGUUCUGCUGGUUCUAGUGGAAUUUAUUUCAUGUGAAAGAACACAUGCAACUGCAGACAAAUUUAACCGAACCCCCUCAUAAGAAUAGUAAACUAAAGUAGUUGAAUAAAUUUGUCUUCUGAAUUUUAAUCCAUGAUUAAUUAUGGUAACACUGGUAUAAGGUCGCUGUCAGUGUCUCUGUGAUAUGAUAAUUACACCUAUAUGAUAUACUGAAUAUGCAGAUGUUUUUUUUUUUGGUUGUCACAGCUGAAUAUGCAGAUGUUGACUAGAUAAAGAUAAUAGCUUGGUUAAAGUUGUCUGUUUAAUUAAUUAAGGUUUAAAGAUUGUUUAACCCAAAAUUUGUUUGUUGCCUGUGGUUGGGGAAUCAGGGACCACCAUUAAUUUAGUGGCUAAGAGACAAUCUUACAUAUUAAAAAAGUCAAAACCAAUUUAGAGUUCAUGUUUAAUUACGUGGUUUCAUUGUAUCUUUCUAAACUACGUACACAUAUAAGUACAAAUUAAGGAAGAGCUAAAGAAAGAAUUAGGGUUUCUAGGGCAUUUUUACAUUUAAUUAUUUCCUUUUGAUGAAUAUACAUGGUUGAUAUAUAACUUCUAUUG